AUGGAUGAUCUGAGUUUACUUGCGACCGGACAGGUCCCUUACAGCGGCGCGUGGAUCGGGCUGUCGGAAGGCAGCACUUAUCACUGGAACUGGGCUCUGGCAGACGGACGCUUUUAUAGAGAAGGAGAGAGAGAAUACAGAAACUGGGCACCUUUCGAGCCCGACAAAUUUCUCGAUCAAGACUGUGUCAUCAUGACUUACAAAGGACAGUUUGAAAACACCAACUGCUUAGAUAUCUUCAACUUCAUCUGUUAUGAUGAACCUGCAUCUUCUGCUCCUACAGAGAGCAGUAUUGAGCAGCGAUACUUCUACAUCAGCUUUCUGUACACAUGGAGAGAAGCUCAGAGAUACUGCAGACGGUAUCACACAGAUCUGGUCAGCGUGAGGAACCAGGAGGAGAACCAAGAGAUCCAGCAGCUCAUUCCCACACUAGGAUUCGCAUACAUCGGCCUCUUCAAAGACCCUUACAUCUGGUCCGACAAGAGCAGGUCUUUCUUCAGAAACUGGGAUUUGUUUCAGCCAGAUUUCCUCGGAGAUUGUGUUGCGAUACUGGAGGACAGAUUUUGGAAAACUGAGCUCUGUGGAAAACUGAAACCAUUCUUCUGCUAUCGCAGCGAAGUUGCUAUGAAGAGGCAAAUACUGAGACUGGAGGUGAAAUCUGGUCUGAAUGUGAAUGAUCCUGAUAUAAAGACGGCCAUCUUAACUGAGAUCGAGCAGAAGCUGCAGAAACUGGGAGUGGCGAACAUCACCAGACUGGAAUGGAGAGAAGCAGCAGACGGAACGGUCUUUCAGAAGAACCAGAGCAAAAUAAGUGUAAAGCAGACAAAAAAGAAGAGAUGAACUAUAAGGCCUCUUUUACCGUACUUGUAAACAGUCUUAAAAUAUGGUAUUGCUGCAUUUAUUUACUAUCUGUGAAGAUUUAGAAUAACUUUGUUAGAUUAUGAAAUGACACAUGCAGGCCUGUAUGUAUAUAUUUAAAACGAAUGUAGUGCUGUACUAUGAUUUCUGGUUACGGUUGUUCUUUGUAAUAAAGU